AUGGCACUUAUGGCUUUUCCCUUGCUCCAUGAAGAAGUAGUGCUCCUGGAAUUGUAUAUUUUCUCACCAUUAAGCCCCUUUUCAACUCUCAAAGCCGCAUGGCAGAGGAAUUCCCCCAGAUUUGUCCCAAAGAAUCACCUUCCUCAUACGCAUAACCCCCAGUUGGUUCCGUCCCAAAAUUCUAAACAUGAAGCUGCGAUUUUACAACAGGGUGAUGGGCUUACUAUUGCAGCGAAUCGCCUGGAAUCCUCAAUCAAUGCCCAGAUUAACGCUGGGCCUAUCCGACCACAACAAUUCAUGGGAAAUUCUUCUCCAACACAAACACUCCCUCCCAAUAGAGAUUUAGAGCUCUCACCAGUGGAAAUUGGGGAUUGGAAAUGCUUUGUCACUGGUCGCAACCAAAUAUCUGAUGAAAUCGUCAAUGAAGAUGUCCUAUCUCAAUCACAGUUUGAGAACAAUGGUGCUCGACCAAAUUACACCCAUAUUGCAGCGCUGCUGAAGGAAAACAUUGUUCCUGCACCUACACCUUGUCAACAACCAGUCGAUGAGCUACCUGAUGGUAAGGACAAGGCAAUUGAACCUACUCCUUUUGAUCAAUGCCAACCAGUUCCAAAGUCAUCAAAUUUGUCACAUUCAGGUAUUCUCUCUACAGCUUCUUUGUCCAAUGAUCAACUAGCCCGCCAAAAUGUUAUAGUAUCUCAUGAACAGGCAAGAAUAGCUACUACAGCAUCUGAUGUGUUAACCAAUAAUGUAAAUAUUCCCACAAUGCCCCAGCUCACUCGCAGACCAACACCGUCGACCUUUCCUAAAAUAUCAACCAAUUUUGAUAAAAUGCAUACUGCUCACCAUAAAAAACAAGGUACCUACCACCAUAUGAACACCCACAUUCUUACCUCCUCUCUCAAAGAAACUCCUUCUCAAGCACAAAAUCACAGUCAAUCCCCUGCUUCAGCCCCUGCAGACACACAACCAACUGCUACAGCUCCUUCUAACAAACCAAAGCAACCAAACAUUUUCAGUAGCCAAAACAACCAGCCUCAGAACAUUAAAACAGCUACCCCAUCAUUACCAAGUGACAAUAAUAAUCAACCAAUUAAAAUACCUUCCUAUCCUACACCACCACCUCCUACUGUCACACAAUCUCUAGCUACCGAGUUACGAGCAAGGCAGGCUGCAGAGCUUGCCCACAAUAGAGUUCACAGGUCACAGAAUAACUACCAAGUAGGGCCAGCCUGCAGUCAUCUUCAUUCGAAAGGAUUACAUGAUCACCCUUGCAAGCAGGUGCCAGUAUACAAUUGUAGGCAAGUUUCUAAACACAAUGCCAAGAAUGGAGAAGAUUAG